AUGCCGACUCCGAAUCUCAAUCGGUUGUCUUCAAAGCCCGGGAAACUACCGGCAUGUAACACAUGUCGGGCUAUGAAACUCAGAUGCGACCACGGGAGACCCAGCUGUGCAAGGUGCCGAGACAAAGGUCUGGCUACCGAAUGUGCAUAUCGGCUCAGACCAUUCAAACGACCUUUGGCUCGGAAGUCAGGCGCACAGAUGUCCCGGGAAGAUGACACAGCUUCUGUUCCAUCAAAUGCCGGGAUUUCUGGAAAUUCAGAAGCGCCCUCAAUUCAAUAUCCUAACCCCGGCUAUCUGGGCUCAUCUAGCCAUACGACCCUGUUUGAUCAGUUGCCACUCCAAAGCACUGCACAGGUCGGCGGCGUGAGCCAACAAACCGAGCUUAGUCCAGUCCCCCAGAACGAAUGCGUGGUCGACGACAAUUCUGUCGCUAAGGGCACAGAGCUCAUUCUCAAGCUCCACUGCGAACUUGCGAUCCAGUCAUUCAGCUGUCUCUACCAGAACUGGAUUUCAACUGGGGCAAACCUCGCCUUGGCCGGCCCACUCACAGAAGCUUGUGCAACCACGGUUGACUACGUGCUGUUACAGUGUGAUGGAACACAUGCCACCGCUCGGACCAUAUCUAAACAGCUCUUUUAUCGCUCAUGCCAACGGAUUCCUUCAAAUGAAGAAACUAGCUAUGGCGAAUACUGUUCCAGUUUUUCCGGAGAAAAUGCUCGCUGGGAAACAUUUGGCAUAUUCUUCACUGCCAUCUGCCGAGCCUCCGUAGACCUCCCUUAUGCAGAGCCAUUAUAUGACUCGGAGCAACAACGGCGUCGGCUCCAACAGCUUGCGCUUACGUACUCGGAUCAAUGUUUAGAGCUUUGUCUACCGCUAGAUUGUAUGAAUGAUCUCCAGCUUUUUCUGCAGUACGAAAACUUCAUUUCUCAUUCACAGGUGGAUGGUGAUCAGAGCUACCUCUCUUGGCGGAAAUUGGGAGAUGUCGCAGCCUCAAUUUAUGCUCUCGGUUACCACCAACAACAAACGCAUUCAUUUCGCACUGCGCCACGAUUCCUGCGUGAUCUCCGUCAAAUAGCUUUCUGUAGGACGUAUUCUGCCGAUAAAAAUGUCUCAAUAUUUCUUGGCCGACCACCCCGGAUUCUGCGGAAAUUUUGUCACUUCUACCUUCCAGGUACAGCUAUGCAGCCAGCCCAAAGGGCAUCUCGCAUGCCAGCGGUCUGGGAUCCAACCGAGAGGCCGAACUUCGUGACAGACUCUACAUGGGCAGCUAUUUGUGGCAUUUUGAAGGAGGAUAUACUAGAUCUAUUUGCGGAAGAAAGAAAUGAGGAAAAAUUGCAACAAGGGCAUCUCAGCCUCAUAUAUGCCGAUGCCCUUGCUCAAUGGGGAGCUGUCCCCGAGAGCUAUCGCCUUGAAUGCAGCCUCAAGGCGUGCGACCGGCGACCAGUAGAACGUGACUUCAUGGUCAACAUGAAGCUAAAUUAUCUUCACGUACAUUUUCUACUACGGCGAGCGUUGCUCCGUUCGGUGGCCAUGGACCCGGCCCCGGAUUUAUUCAGCAUUUCCAGAGAAAUGCUUGAUCUUGUGAUCGAGACGGUGAUGCUCAAGGGCCAGAUCAUCAAUUCCGGCACUUCGUUAGUCUGGAAGGUCGUGUAUUACGGACUGUCAGCGGCCGGCUCCAUAGCACUUACCCUUGCAAACCGACCUUCAGUCAGUGAAAUAACCCAAGCCGACAUGUCCAGUAUAUUCCAAAACCUCAGUAUUCUUGUGGGAGAGGUUGAAAAUGGAACUCUGGUGUAUGUCAACUCGCCCAAUUUUGCCUUGCUUUCUCGGGCAACCCAAACAAUCAAAACCCUUCUCGGCCGGAUGAUAUUGCCGUUUCAAUCCUCGCGAGAUGUGGCGACCACAUCCGAAGGUCGAUCUGGGGCGCUCGCAAGCUCUGAAAAUUUCACAGCUCUAAACGAUGGGGAGUGGGCCAUAUGGGAUGAUAGGGGGUUCCAGGAUUUUGAGAUGAAUUUCUGGCACCAUCUUGCCGACCAUCCGUUUCUUAAU